GAGAGCAGAGAGGAGAGAACUGUAGCUAGGAGAGGGAGAAAAAGAUGGCCAAAUAGAAAGCGAUAUGGCGAAGAGAGAGAGAGAGAGAGCUAUGGUCUAAGAGAGGGAGCGCUAUAAUGUGUGUGUGUGUCCGUGCGUGCGCGCGCGCGUACGAGUGAGAUAGAGAGAGAGAGAGAGAGAGAGAUCUGCAGAUGGUUAUAGGAGAGAGAGAAAUAGAGAGCGCUAUGGUGUGAGAGCGAGAGAAGACGAGCGCGAGAGCAACACGCGCUCAGGAAGACGAGCGAAGGAGGCACGCGGCAUGUCUCGAGGAUUCAGGGCCGCCUCAGUCAUGACAAGGCUACCGACGAGAUGCGGCAUGACAAUUCCACGGACGCUCUUCGUGCUGGUGCUGUUUGUCCAUUGUGCUGGAAUCUGGUUUGGGGAAGAGUCCACGCCUUCCUUUCUGAAUCCACAGCGCCCGAUUUACUCCAAACCACCAAGGGACUGAUAGAAAUCAGAUGCGCGUACACGAGGUGCAGGCGCGGCGUCCGCAGGUGGCUGGGAUAAACCCCGACGUGACCUCAGCUGCUAUGCCCGGCCGCUAAAGAUGGCUCCCCUCGCACUGCUCCUGCUCCCCGCCUUGCUCUCCCGCCUCCCGCCCCCCUGCCACGCCGCCGGCAUCCACGAGCGGGCCGCCGUGCCUCGCGCCGUCUCCCGCUCGGUGGCCCGCAUGGACGGCGACGUCAUCAUCGGCGCCCUGUUCUCCGUCCACCACCAGCCGUCGGCGGAGAAGGUGGCCGAACGCAAGUGCGGCGACGUCCGCGAGCAGUACGGCAUCCAGCGGGUGGAGGCCAUGUUCCACACCCUGGACCGCAUCAACGCCGACCAACAGCUGCUUCCCAACAUCAGCUUGGGCUGCGAGAUCCGCGACUCGUGCUGGCACUCUUCCGUGGCUCUGGAGCAAAGCAUCGAGUUCAUCCGCGACUCGCUCAUCUCCAUCCGGGACGACAAGGAUGGCUCCAAGUGGUGCGUGGACAGCCAGUCCCACUCCAGUCAGCCGCCGCCCACCAAGAAGCCCAUCGCCGGCGUGAUCGGGCCGGGCUCCAGCUCGGUGGCCAUCCAGGUGCAGAACCUGCUGCAGCUCUUCAACAUCCCGCAGAUCGCCUACUCGGCGACCAGCAUCGACCUCAGCGACAAGACGCUGUUCAAGUACUUCCUGCGGGUGGUGCCGUCCGACACCCUCCAGGCCCGGGCCAUGCUGGAUAUCGUGCAGCGCUACAACUGGACCUACGUGUCUGCCGUGCACACGGAAGGGAACUACGGUGAGAGCGGCAUGGAGGCCUUCAAGGAGCUGGCCUCCCAAGAGGGCUUGUGCAUCGCCCACUCGGACAAGAUCUACAGCAACGCAGGCGAGAAGCAGUUUGACCGCCUCCUGAGGAAGCUCCGCGAGCGCUUGCCCAAAGCGCGCGUGGUGGUGUGCUUCUGCGAGGGCAUGACCGUACGCGGCCUCCUCAUGGCCAUGCGGCGCUUGGGCGUGUACGACGAGUUCCUUCUGAUCGGCAGCGACGGGUGGGCUGACCGCGACGAGGUGGUUGAGGGCUACGAGCAGGAAGCCAAGGGCGGCAUCACCAUGAAGCUUCAGUCCGCGGUGGUCAAGACUUUCGACGACUACUACCUGAAGCUGCGAUUGGAUACCAACACCAGGAAUCCCUGGUUCGCCGAGUUCUGGCAGUACCGCUUCCAAUGCCGUCUGCCCGGCCAUCCUCAGGAGAACAGGAACUACAAAAAAAUCUGCUCCGGAAACGAGAGCCUGCAGGAAAACUACGUUCAGGAUAGCAAAAUGGGCUUCGUCAUCAACGCCAUCUACGCCAUGGCCCACGGCCUCCACGACAUGCACAGCGAGCUGUGCCCGGGCCAGACGGGGCUGUGCGAGGCCAUGGAACCCAUCGACGGCAGCAAGCUUCUCGACUACCUGCUCAAGACGUCCUUCAGGGGGGUCUCCGGUGAGGACAUCUACUUCGAUCAAAACGGAGACACCCCUGGACGGUACGACAUUAUGAAUCUGCAGAACGUGGAGGACGGCCACUACGACUACAUCAACGUGGGCUCCUGGCACGAGGGGAUCCUGAGCAUCGACGACAACAAACUGUGGAUGAACAGCAGUGACAUGGUGCGCUCAGUCUGCAGCGACCCCUGCUCGAAAGGACAGAUCAAGGUGAUCAGGAAGGGCGAAGUCAGCUGCUGUUGGAUCUGCACCACGUGUAAGGAAAAUGAGAUCGUCCUGGAUGAGUUCACAUGCAAGGCUUGCGAACUGGGAUGGUGGCCCGCCGACGACUUGGCAGAUUGCCAGCCGCUGCCUCUGAAGUAUCUGGACUGGGCCGAUGUGGAAUCCAUGGUGGCGGUGGCGUUCUCCUGCGUGGGCAUCCUCAUCACCUCCUUCGUCACCUUCAUCUUCAUCCAGUACCGCGACACCCCCGUGGUCAAAUCCUCCAGCCGAGAGCUGUGCUACAUCAUCCUGGCGGGCAUCUUCCUGGGCUACAUCUGCCCGUUCACCCUCAUCGCCCGGCCCACCGUUCCCUCCUGCUACCUGCAGCGCCUCCUGGUGGGCCUGUCGUCGGCCAUGUGCUAUUCGGCGCUGGUGACCAAGACCAACCGCAUCGCUCGCAUCCUGGCGGGCAGCAAGAAGAAGAUCUGCACCCGCAAGCCGCGCUUCAUGAGCGCCUGGGCGCAGGUCAUCAUCGCCUUCAUGCUGAUUAGCGUGCAGCUCACUCUGGAGGUCACGCUCAUCAUCCUGGAGCCGCCCGAACCGGUCAAGUCGUACCCCAGCAUUCGCGAGGUCUACCUCAUCUGCAAUACCAGCAACCUGGGCAUGGUGGCGCCGCUGGGCUACAACGGCCUGCUCAUCAUGAGCUGCACUUACUACGCCUUCAAGACGCGCAACGUCCCGGCCAAUUUCAACGAGGCCAAAUACAUCGCCUUCACCAUGUACACCACCUGCAUCAUCUGGCUGGCUUUCGUGCCCAUUUACUUCGGCUCCAACUACAAAAUCAUCACCACCUCCUUCUCCGUCAGCCUCAGCGUCACCGUGGCGCUGGGCUGCAUGUUCACGCCCAAGAUGUACAUUAUCAUCGCCAAACCCGAGAGGAACGUCCGAAGCGCCUUCACCACGUCCGACGUGGUGCGAAUGCACGUCGGGGACGGCAAGGCGGCCGCGGCGUGCGGGACCAACAGCUUCUUCAACAUAUUCCGCAGGAAGAAGGCCAUCUCCGGCAACGCCAAUUCUAACGGCAAGUCUGUGUCAUGGUCUGAAUCAGGUGCAAGACACCCUCCAAGCGGGGGCAAUGUGUGGCACAGACUGUCUGUGCAUGUGAGGAAACAGGAAGCCUCCCUGAAUCAGACGGCGGUCAUCAGGCCCCUAACUAACACCCCCGACCCCCACAGUUGUCAACCCACCGCCGCCCGCGACCUUGGCACAGACCCCCGCCCGCCCCCGCAAGAGCCACCGCCAGGCGACGACAAGCGCCACCCCGGUCCCGUUCCGGGCCCCUUAGUGGAAACGCACCGCUCGCACGCCCCAGCCCCCCCUGCCGGUGAGCCGUUCAUGGAGCUCACUUUAGCGGCACCCCUCGAGGAGGGGGCGCCCCCGGAGGAGCAGCUGGACCUUUUGCGUGAUUACAUUUAUGACGCCAAGGACGAGGGGGCGGAGGGGCACAAGCUCCCCCUGGAGGACACCCUGGCUCUGUCCCCCCCGUCCCCCUUCAGAGACUCGGUGUGUUCGGAGGAUUCCGCCCCAGGGUCCCCUUCCAUGGAGUUUUUUCUGGGGGGUCCUCACUACACCGCCCAAGCCCUCCGAGACUUUGCACACAGCUCCUCGACACUGUGAGAGCAAAAAAAAAAAGAGAAAAUGGUGCACAACAUUUGACAAGCUUUGA